UACACCCUACGGCAGAGCUUUAACAGCAGCUUCUCAAUUUUCUUCGGAGUUCUCGACCAUCCCGGUAUUCUUUUUCUUACUCCCUCUUCUUCAACAGCAUCGUAUGUUAUUGUUUGCUUUCGCUUUCCGCCAUCGCUUGUCCUGUGGUAGCCUCCGCUCGUCUUCGAUGGCCGGAUCUCGGAUUACACGCCGACGGGUUCGGGGAGGUGCCCUCUGAGACAGGAGAUGGAGUCCCCACAAUGAUGGUCAAAAGAGGCAACAUAGACUUCAUUCAUCUUCGCUUGAAAAUGCGUAAAAUCAUCCGAAUUUUCGAGAAAAUCUUUCUGUCAUAAAAAGUUAUCGAGGGUUAUCUCCUAUCUUGACGAUUCUUUGACAUUCUUAAACUAACAACUUCUUCAACUAAAUGAUUCUGCUAACUUGAAACUCCAACAAGAUUCAAAGACAAGCCUAAAAUUUGUUUCGAAAGAGGUUUCUUCCGUAGAGAUAGAAUGGAGAAAUUGAGCACCGAAAGGAAAUCGGAAUCCAUGUCCAGGUCUCAUUCUCAGGAACUCCUGGAUUCUUCUUCAGCAAGCUCUGUUUCUGUUUUCGCAGAUCACUCAGAAGGGCAGAAUAGAAAUUUCCAGAAAACGGGAGAGUAUUCGCCCAGGGCAUCCAUGGAUGAAGCUCUGAAAUCGGAAGCCGCCUUUAUCCAAUACCUCUCCUCCAUUCCUCCUUCGGAGCAUCAUCGGUCAGCCGAUUCCAUGACUACGAGAACCAGAAGCCCUGCGGCCCCACCUACAGUGAGCAAAGUGGGGCUUGACCACCUUGAUAACCUCUGCAAGUUAAUGGAGCAGCUAAGCGAGCUUCGGGAUACGAACAGCAAACUACAAAAGAGGGUGCAGUACCUGGAGGACUUGAAAACGCUCCACGAUAUGCACAAAGAGAUAUGUGAGGCAGGCGCAUAUGCUUCUGAAGAUGUACCUAAGCCUGGACUCUAUCCCCUGAAGAAAAGCGCCACCGAGUCCAAUUGUCCCAGGAAGGAAUCGGGUUACUCUCGGAGCCCUUCAAAGUACCUGAGCCGCCGAAGCCGUCAGCAACAGCCCGAGAGCCAACGGAGAGGGAGAAGCAAAUCAGUGGGGCACGAAGACCUCAACGAAGAUUCCAAAUCGAGGCGGCUCUUCCCAAAGUGGUCGCGAGUCAAAGAGGCCUUCGGCUGGGAGAGCAGUGAACGCAAAAACUCCAUUAAGGCGAAAAGUGAGAGCGGCAGCAGCCUGACAAACCGACGACGUUCAGACGAGUCUUCCCGUCUUACGUACCGGCAUCCGAGCUCUCAUACCUGGUACCAGAACUACCCAUCCAUCCACUCGUCCAUGGAAGACAUCCAUGAAGAGUUUGAGGGAAGAUGGAAAAAAAUGUCUGUUUCCUCUGAAAAAUUUUCCGACCAUCUGGAUAUUCCCCACGAAGCACUGAGGAGACAAAAAUCAACACCGAGUCCGGGGAGUGAAAAAAUUCCUUCUUCUAGAGACACGGAUCUGAAGCCUAAAUCAUUUACCAUAGAACGCGAUUCCUACAGGAGCCAAGAUUUCUCAAAGUUCGAAAAGGAAGAUGGAAAACGAGGCAAGAGUCCAUGGGGACGCGUAAAAACUAUCAUCGAGAGGCACCGGGAUAGCAUUAAAAGAAGAUCUUUGCGCCAUGAACCUUCGGCUACCGACCUGGCUUCGGCCUUCAGCAAAAUCUCAGAAGACUCUGUAGAUUUCAAAGAUGAUCCUGAUGAACUUGAAUCAACAUCCAAACCUUCUGGUGCUCCGACGAUUUCGAGACGGAAGGCGAAUAAACCGGGUUUUCUGGCCUUGGAGCCCGAGAUGGAUCAAGAGUAUCCUAGGACACCCAAUUCAUCACCAGUCUUACAGAGGAAGUCAAAAUGGACGCGGAUGACCAAAGCAUUGAAGGGCAAAAGAGAAGACGAGAAGGACUCGUUGUCCACACCAACCAGCCCUAAUAAUCAAAACGAUGGUCAUUUUACAUUCAAUGCUAUCGAAGAAUUAUCACCUAGUUCCUACGGAGAGGAAAGAGAGAUAUCCAGAGUGGGCAGCGACAGUCAUGUUCACCAGUUGGCUCUUUCGGUGCCACCCACAGACCUCAUGCUUCAGCUUCAGCGCAACUUGAGUGAAGACUUCCACCGGAAGAUCCAGGAGUGGGACAGAAUACGGGCAUGUGGGAACACUUCAUGCUCCCCACAGUGGGAAAGAAAGCCCUCUGACACCUGGAAGAGUCGAAAGAAGUCGGAGAGGCAAGAGGACAAAACUGUUAAACCCAAGAUCAAGGACCUCACUUGGUUGGAGAAAGAAUUGCAGAAAGUCGAAAAAGAGAAACAAAGGCUAUCCAAAGAGAGGUUGAAGUAUGAGCAAAGAGCGAUGAGGCUGGAGAAACUGAGAGAGACUGUACUGGGGACCACUAAUAGCAAGAGGGAAGUGUUGGUGAAAACUUCUGCGGGUGAAUUCAGAUUCGAAGGAAUUUCGGACGCUUUCACCAAGAAGUUAUACGAGUGGGAAACGAAAAAAGGCGUCGGCAUGGAAUACUCGACUAUCGCCUUGCUGAAUUCCAGUAAACAAAUGUCACAAGGUUCAUCCGGAACUAUGCAGAGGAUGCUAUCUAAGUCCGAAUCGAGUAUAGCCGAUAUUGGACUGAAUUCUUCCAAUUCUUUACAAUCGACUAAAAUAUCAGACGCCGCGGAAGGUGACAAACAAAAUCAUCUUUCAAGAGCCGAUUCAGAACCGGAUCUAUCUACUUUGGCGGCAGCAUUUGGAGGCAGUCUUGCUGUUUCAGCUUCUGUGCAGGACUGCGUGGAGGUGGAGGUUGCAAGUCCCGAUGGACACAAAGACAGCGAUGACGAACUGGAUAAGGAGAGGAAAGGAUCCGAGACGUACUACAGUCUACUAGAGGAGAAUGUCCUCCUUCUCGAGCGGCUUAAGGAGAAAGAAGAGAUCUGUAGGAGGCUCGAGAAGGAUCUGGAGAUUUUGGAUGAAAAGAUGGAGGAGAUGAAUAUCCAUCAUUCUGAAGAAACACAGCGGUAUCGUGAGAAGUUGUGGGAGCUACACCAGCAAGGCGCCAGCCCUCGGGAGGUGCUCUGCUGUCGGCGGACCAUGGAACAAUUGCGCCAGCGAAUCGAAGCGCUCGAGAGGUGGACCAGAAAGCUGAAAAGCGAGAGGGAAACGGUUGAGGUCAAUUUCCGACACCAUUCGAAGGAACAGGAAAACAUGACUUUAGAUCUAUUGGAAAGAAUGCGUGAGCUUCAAGCGGUCGGCUCAUCAGCCACAGAAGCCGAGUCGAGACCGUUUUCCCGAAUGGACGCCGACACUAUCGAGAGAUUGCAGGACUUGUCAGCUCAGCUUGCAAAACAGACGCAGGAGCUUCAAGAGACGCUGGGUCGGAAGACGCUGCAGAUCCGGCAGCUGAAAUGGGAACUGUUGCACCGUGACCUUUCCACCGUAAAGCUGGAGACGGAGCGGCACAACCACUCGGCGCAGAAGAAAAGGUCCAAGUACGCGCACUGGAGAUCCCGCUCCUCUGAGGAACCUUCCUCCGCUUUCCCACAGAAAACCGAUGCAAUCGACCGAACCGCUGCGAGCCCUGACGCGUAUUGCAUUUCGUCGUCAGUUGAGGAAUUCCAGGCGACAGAUCUCGCCCAUACAGUUCAACAGCUGAGCAAAGAAGUUCAGAAACUGACAUGUGCCACCAGCAAUUCAUCACUAUCGAAAUGUUGGCCUGAAGAACAGUUAUAUACAAGUGUGACCAUCUCCCCCAAAGAUGUGGAGACUUGUAGGAACCAUAAGAAAGGGCCCAUCAAACUUGCGUCAAAAAGAAUAACUGUACGACGCAAUUCAGCUGAUAAUUCGAGCCUUCUUUCAACAGAUGACAGUCGAUUUAAAGGAGAACGUUCUUCGUCACAUUCCGAUGAUUCAUCAGACGAAUAUUAUUCGAGAAUCUGUUACAGUUCGGGAUUGAAAGCAAACAUCACGAAUAAUUCAGAGGCUGAAAGACUCCUCAUGUCUUACGGCGAAAACCCUCCACGGACGCAGAGGAAAAAGAAACUCCAAAAAGUAUCUAAAUUGAAUUCGAGCUUAGGUAGAAGGCGAGCGAACACUUUUCAUACUAACAGGGACUUACAGAAGCCUACCAUUGGGGAAAACAUCCCACAGAAAUGUCAUUCUUUUCGUGUUCCACGAGAAAAUUACAACGAUGAAUCCGCGAUAAUCAAAACUCCAUACUUUCGGCGUAAACUUCUAACUAGGAAUUUUCCAGUUUGUGCGGAAUCAGAUAAUACCAGCAACAUAAAAAUAUUCAGAGAAUCUCUUUUAUUUGGAAGUGAGACUGACAAAGUAGAUUUUAGAAUUGAUGAUAAUAAUAUGAUAAGAGAAGUAGCAUCAGAUUCUAAAAUACCUCUGACCACUAAAGUGAAGAAAUAUUCCGAUCCUUCAAAUGAGAAAUCGAACAGAAAGUUACCAGUAAGAUCAAUGAGUGACAAAACCAGAAAUGAAACAGCGGCAGAAAAAGAAAAUCUACAAAAAAGGCGAUCGAAAAAGCGUUUGAAACCUCCGAAUCUUAACAUAGCAGUUAAAGAUAAUGUAACGAAAUUAGAUGCAGCCGAAAUUUUUUCACAAGACGACUCAUUGCAAUCUAACACGACAAAAGAAAUAGCAUCUCAAAAUGUCUCCACAUUCAAUCAAAAGGAACACGCAUCUUCAGAGAAAAAGUUUGAAACUUUACAGUCAGAAAUUCCAUCGAUAACAAUACAAUUUCCAAAACGAAAACACCGAAAACCACUCAUUAUAGAGGAUGGGGCAACUGAUGAACAAAGUGUGACAAUCGUUGUGCCAAAGAAGCGAAGUUUGAGUUCGGAAUGUGAUUCAAGCAUUUCGGAGAGUUCACCACGAGAAGAACCUAAGAUACAACAUUCCGAUAAAACAAAUAAUUCUACAUACUUGUCAACUGCGAAAGAUUCUUUGUCACCUUCUGACAAAGAUUCCCUUUUAUUGAGUUCGAACACCAAAAACAACACGAGUUCGAUCGGAAGCAUACAGUUGAUGAAAUUGGUGUCGCUGGACAAUUUUGACAAUCCUUUCGAUCAAAAUAAAAUAUUCACCCUAAAAAAUUAUAAACAGAACGAGUCUCAAGCUCGUAAGAGAAAGGCACAAGAUGGUGAUAUUAGUGAUAAAAAUUCGCCAACCGAAGAAAUGGUCGAUAUAAUAAACGCAGGGCAGCAGCAGGCAUUCCGAGAGGAAUCUCAUCCUUUGGCGAAGAGUUCUACUACUGGAAUCGAGCAUAUUAAUUCGGAAAGUUCUCCAAUAUCAACAAACUAUAUAAAAUCACCAUCUGCGCCACAAUUAGAUUGGCGAAAAGCAUGCGCCAAGAAAAUAUCUAGAACUGGAGCUCCUAAUGUGAGGACACUCAUAGAAAGGUAUAAUCAAAAAGUAAUUGAAAGCCAAAGUGGCAAAAGUCCUUCUUCUAGUAAUGUAAGUUCACCUAUAACUCUGAGAAAAAUUUCGACUCCCGUCAACAGUUCUUGUUCCAAACAAUAUGUAGCACACUUCUCUAGUACACCCAGUACACCCACUGCAUCACCCAUCUGUACAUCACUGGCAUUCAAAUCUGGCAACUUUACAAAGAGUCCACAGUCAAGUCCGUCGUCAGAUGUCCGCAGUGAAGCUCUAAAAAAGGCCAGAGAAUAUUUUAUAGCAUCUCCUCAAUUAUCCAUUCAAAAUUCCCCAGAGACGAAAAGGACCGGCGAAACUUCACAAAAAUCUCCUGAAAGUGCCUGGGCUGCGUCAGAAAGAGAAGCUUUCGCGCUACAGAAGAAAAGAUCUGACGAGGACAGAUUGUCACACAGUUCAAUGGAUUCCAUGAAUCUCGUGAUGCUAAGAGCCGGCGAAAGCUGCAGAGAAUCUCGAUUGCCCAAGAAAUUAGCGGAUGCCCAAAAAAUUGAAAUGGUUGAAAGGCCCAACUUGAAAGCAUCCAAGUCCUUAUCUAGUUCCUCGUUGUUUAAAGCAGUUCUUCAUUCAGACUUCAAAGUGCCCACGAAUCUCUUGAAACUGAAACGCAGCAAGCGCAAGAAAGACAUGUCCACAGUCACCGAGCUCUGUCGCCAAAGCUUGCUUUUAACCUCCGAAACCGCGCCAAAUAUUCUCGCUCCCACCGCUCACAAGAGCUGCCCUUCUUCGCCAGAACUGAAAUCGAAGACUACCAAACCUAACUGGUUGCAGAGAAACAUUUUCCGUCACAGGCAAUAGGUUUUGUAAUUAAAUAUUUUAUCUUUUGUAGAUGGUGUAACAUUUCAUUUCGAUCGUAUAUAAAGUCUAUUUAUUUACAAA